AUGAUAAGAGAGGUGACUGUGAUGACACAGAAUGGAACCAUGAUAACAUCAAAUGAGAUUGGGAUGACACAGGAGGAGACUGUAGUAACAAAUGAUGACAAAAGGAGAUACUGUGAUGACACACUAGGAGAUCAUGAUGACACAAUAGGAGAUUGGGGUGACACAGGAGGAGACUGUAAUGACAUAGUAGCAGACUGUGAUGACAUAAAGGAGACUGACGACACAGUAGGAGACUGUAAUGAUACAAAUGGAGAUAGAGAUGACCCAGUAGAAGACGAUGAUGAAAGAGUAGGAGACUGUGAUGUCACAGAAGGAGACUAUGAUGACACAAGUGGAGAUUGUGUUGACGCAGUAGGCGAACUUGAUGACAUAAUAGGAUACUGUGAUGAUACAAUACGAAAUAGAGACUGUGACGACACAGUAGGAGACUGCAAUGACACAAAUAGAGAUAGAGAUGACCCAGUAGAAGACUGUGAUGAAAAAGUAGGAGACUGUAUUGUCACAGUAGGAGACUAUGAUGACACAAGUGGAGAUUGUGUUGAUGCAGUAGGAGAACCUGAUGACAUAAUAGGAUACUGUGAUGAUACAAUAGGAAAUGUAAUAGACCGUGAUGAUAUAGUUGGAGACGGUGAUGUCACAGUAGGAGACAAUGAAGACAAAAUAGAAGACUGUGAUGACACAAUAGCAGAUUGUGUUGACAAAAUAGGGAACAAAUAUGACACAGUAGAAGACAGAGACUGGGAUGACACAGUAGGAGAUUGUGAUGACACAAUGGAAGAACACAAUGGCAGAGUAGGAGACUGUGAGGACACAGUAGGAUACAGCAAUGGCACAAUAGAAUAUGAUGACACUUUAGGAGACUGUAAGGACACAAUAGCAAACUGUGCUGACACAAUAAGAGACUGCGAUGAUACAGUAGGAGAUUGUGAUAACACAGUAGAAGACUAUGAUGAUAAUGAAGGAGACUGUAGUGAUACAGUAGGAGAUGGUGAUGACAAAGUAGGAGAAUGUAAUGACACAAUAGGAGACAGAGAUGGUGAUGAUACAAUUGGAGACUGUGACAUCACAAGAGGAGACGGUGAUGACAGAGUAGAAGACAGUGGUGGCACAGUAGAAUUUGAUGACACAGUAGAAGACUGUGAGGACACAAUAGGAUACGAUGAUGACACAAUAGGAGACUGGAUGAUAUAA